AUGGCGACAGCAGCAACAAUCCCACCCUCUGCUACGCAUACGCAAAAUCUUCAAACUCUUCAGGACGCAACAUCGACCGCAAACUCCAACCCUCAAGACGUACAGACCUUACUUCGUUACUACAAACCGAACGAAGAUGGCUCACCACCAUUGCCAUCAUACAUCGACCGGCCCGAGACGUAUCAGCAACCCUCUGAACUCCAUCCUGUCACAGUCCAUGAUGUGAGAGGCCGAGAAAAAGAUUUCACGCUGGAUAAGAACGGCUUCCAGUUCUAUUGCCACACUGCGCAGGAGAAGGACUUUGUCGAUGAUGAAAAAAUCAAGACUGGGUACUAUGCCGAGACUGAGCAGCUCUUGAAAAAUGUUACUGGUGCAUCACGUGUCUUCGCCUUCGACCACAACGUCCGCCGCCAAUUGCCCGGUGACAGCCCAAAUGACCGCAUUAUUCGCGGCCCUGUGCAGGAAGUACAUAUCGAUCAAACGGACGCAGCCGCAUUCUCGCGUGUCCGAUACCAUCUGCCCGAAGAGGCGGAGAAGUUGCAGCGCAGCCGUGUACAGAUCAUCAAUGUCUGGCGUCCGAUCAAGACGAUCGAACGCGACCCGCUUGCUGUGGCGGAUGCAGGCAGCGUCGAUGACAAGAGCUUGGUUGUGACGGAGUUGAUAUACCCAGAUCGGAAGGGAGAAACCUACUCGGUAAAGCAUGAUCCGGGGCAUCGAUGGUUUUACAAGUCUGGACUUACGCCAGAUGAAGUCUUGAUAUUCAAGUGCUUUGAUUCAAAACUGGAUGGCAGAGCAAGAAGGGUUCCACACACCGCGUUCCAUGUUCCGGGUACUGAGCACAAAGAAGGUCGUGAGAGCAUCGAAGUCAGAGCACUAGUUUUCCACGAAGAUGAGAGUCUAGAAUGA